AACUAAAGCUACGACCUGGGUGCAUCAGGUUGGCUCUAUUUUCCUCCGGGCUGAUUGUAUCGAUCUGUUUUCCUACGACACUCGCUUACACCAGGUUCCUACAGGCUCAUUUUGAAGAGGUGCGUGGUUCUGACUUUUCCUCCCCUCAAAAAAAAAAAGCAAAUAAGAAGCAGGCGGAAAAAGUUUCCUGGCAGCCAGGCAGUGUUGUGCUUUUUUGGGGAUGAACUUUUUUUUUUGAAUGAACUGCAUUUAUUGUAUACUGUUUAUUGAUUGGCAGACUGCUGUGUAAAUACACAUACCUGAAGUUUAGCCAUUAGUCAGGGCAAAGGCUGAAGAAACGCACAGGAGUUGCUAAGUUCAGGAAAUCAUAUAAAAGAGAAAUCGGACACAAUUUGACUGGUUGAGUUGAUCUGAGCAGUGCAGCAGAGGACUGAUAGCGACCAAGGCAAGGCCAAGCUUUACAAAAGGGAUUGUAUAGAGUUUUGUAGCCCUGAUGCACAUGCUGCUUAGAGAACUGGUUUAUUGGUCUGGAGCGCUCCCAGGCUUGGCAGCACAGCUCUCUCUCUAAAGUGCCAUCUGUGGGCUCUCCUGUGACUGCAAUAUGGUUAUAUGUAACAUCAGUGCGAUAAAAGACUGGGGCUCUUUUCUAUCUCAGCUUUUGCCCAGAGUCAACAAAACCCUUCGCUUGGUUCAUCAAGGUAUAAACACAGUGGAAGCUACCACCAGCUCAAUGGUUAAUGUCUUACAGGAGCCGGAGCAGACGAGCUACCUUCCCCCUACCGAAACCAUGAAUGCCAGUAAUUUCACCACUGGGCUUGAUUAUCUCAUUCAGUACUCUUAUUCAGAGUCAGAAGAGGACCAGUUGUACAAGGAUUACAAACCUCCCCCCAAGGAUCCGGUACCCUUGCCCAAGGCUGUGCUCUACCUCUUGAUGGCUGCCUUGGUGAUGGUGGCAGUGGCAUAUGCUAUUGUUGGCCACAUUAUCAAGGAUCUUAUUCAUGACUUUAUAGACUGGAUAUUUGGCUCCAGCCCAGAAGUCAAGGGUAACAAAUCAGACAUCAACUGUAUUAGCCAAAGCGCAAACGAGACGACCGAGAAUCAAGAUAUCUCCUUGUCCUCUUUACAUCAAGAGCAGUUGCCCUCCCAUUCUGGAGAUUUUCUUAUCUGUAUGGAUGAAAUUUCCCAUAUAUCACAACUAACAUAAUAUUCCUCAAGUCCUGGUCAUUCUUUUGUACACAGAUUUUGCGUAUUUGAAAUAUAAAAAGAAGGACUUUUUCAGAAGAGCAAUUGCUGAUUUUUUUUUCCAUUGUGCUCAGAGUAUUUUACUAGAAACUAGAACUCCAUUGACAGAGUUAUUUAUACAUGUUCCUUCUCACACACGCACCUAAGUGGCAUGAAACUGAGGAUGUAUGGAAACUACAGUAUGCCUUGACUUCAAUCUCUUCUACAACCAGGAACAUUUAAAUAGAGUACACCAGCUGCUAUUUUGUAAGAUUGUCCAUUGAUUCCAACAUUGUUAUUUUGUAAUAUUUUUUACAUGAAGUGUACAUUUGAAAGCUAUCUCUGGGGUAACACAGAUAAGAGACGGCAGAGUAGAAUCACUGGCUUUUGAUAACACACAUUUUUAACAGGACAAAGAGACCAAUGAUAAUUUGUAACAGUGAGAUUGAGAUGCAGUUACUACAAUGUAAAUGUCAUUUAAUUGUUUUGUGGUCUUUAAUUGUUUUGGGGUAAUUUCCUGGGCUGUUACAAUUGAACUAAGAAGCAACCCCACCAAGUUACAUGUGAUACCAGAUUUAUUGUACCAAGUGAAAAAAUGCACAUGCUAUAUGAAGUUAAAGAAUAUUGACAUGGGUAAAGUGUAAACUCAGUAUAAAAACAAACUGUUUAAGCAUUUGCUCUGUUCCUAAUGUGAGACUUAAAGCUUAUAUCAAUAAUGUGCUGUAAAUAGGUUAAAAGGAUCAUUGCUCAUAUCUGAAAACUCUUUACACUAUAGCAACCAUAACAAGAUUUAACGUUAGUUCUUUUGUAGGCUUCUGCUUGUUUCUGAGAGUCGCACAUUAUAAGCUACUGAAAACCAUAGCAUCUUUCCUUUAGUAUUUUCAGAUGCCCUUCCUAUUUUUUUAAAUUCUCCUAUAGUGUUACUAACUGUAUAGAUACAGUAUUAACUCAGGCCUGAACAAAAGUUGGACCACAAAGAAGACAUGAAUUUAAAAUGUCUGGAAACCUCAUUUAGGUAAACCAUAAUGUCAAAAAUUUCAAUGGAGCUGGCACUCAGAAUAAAGGCAAUGUUCAAAAGAGUACAAACGGUGUAUUGUGUCCUCAGCCUUAUGAGUUUCGUGUUUACAUACACUUAGGGGGUUAUUUAUCAAAGUCUGGAUUUAUCUCAAUAAUUUCUGCUACAAACUCCAAUCAAAU